AUAGCCUUUGAGAUAUAACUUAACUGUCAGUCAGUGUUACCACGACAUAUUGCCUGUUAGAAGAGAACACUACCCAAUCAGAGUCAGGAAGCGAUGCCGCUCUCAUCGUCGUUGUCUCGCGCGCCCGUGUCGUCAGCUCAUGUGAAAACAAGCUGCUGCUCUCGGGCACGCGUUCUGCGCGGGCGUGCUCCUUUUUGCGCUCACGCGGUGCAAAGCCCUGAGGGCGCUGUGACUGGACAGCUUGCAAAGAAGUCUUAUGACGAUAUAUGGUCUGCAUUCGCGAGCAAGGCGCAAGGCGAGUGGGAGGGCAUCACCGUGACCUUCGACGCCAGCGGAGCGGCGCAGCCGCUGCCAGACCACUACGUGCCGGGCGCCUACCGGGACUGGGGUGUGGAGCUGUUUGACUGGCAGAGCCAGAGCAGCUGUAUCGUCCCGCAGGGCCGCAGCUUGCGCAAUAUCUUCAAGCGCCUCAUGCCGACAGUGGGCUGCGAGGCCGACGCCAUCGCCUUUGUGGAGGAGGCUGCGGACGUGUGGCAGGCAGACGGCGGGAGCCUAGUGAAGCCGGUGACGCCUGACGGCGGCUACCUGGCCGCGCCGGCGCAGCUGCCGGCGGACGGCGGCAAGGUGAAGCUGGAGGGCUGCGUGGCGGCACCCGGCGGCAAGUCGCGGCUGCGGGCGGUGCUGACGCUGAUGCAGCACUGGGAGAGCAAGCAGUGGCAGGUGGCGUUCGUGGACCUCAGCCGAGAGACCUGGUAUGGCGAAUUCAAUGGAGGCGUGGAACUGUCGGGCUGCGCGGGCGGCGGCCGCCCCUUCGCGAAAGACGCCGCAAUGGAGCCGGAGGCCCUGGCGGGCGCCUGGCAGGCGGAUGCGGGGCAGUCAUACACCUACGUUGCCUCAGAUGGAGGGCAAAUGGAGCUGGCUGCUAGCACGGGCGCUCAGCCGGGCGCGAGUCUAAGCGGGGAGCCGCAGCUGCUGCUGCCGCUGGGUGUGUGGGUGCGCUACUCCGCGGCCGGAGGCGAUGUAGAACUGGAGCUGGGCGCGUUGCGGGGCGCAGCCGCAGCCAGCAGCGAGACCCAGGCCGCGGCGGCGGCAGCGGGAGUGCGGGAUGUGGUGCGUGCCUCCUACAAGGCCGGCAAGCUGCAUCGGGCGGAGCUGGUGGCGGAGGCGAGGGCGUGAGUGCUGCGGUGUGCGUGGGUAGGGGGGCGGGGUACUCGCGAGUCUGGAUGUUGGCUCACGAUGUUGGCUGGACGCGGCCCGUUUUAGCUGUCUGAGGGCCUGAUGUGGGUCGGGGCGCAGGCGUGCGCGUUUUGGCAACUUGCACUGUUGAUAUAACGGAGAGAGAUUAACCUGCUACUUGUUGGGGUGUGCGGAGGUGCGGAGCGGGAGAUGUUGGCGAUGUUUUGGCGGGAAUCGGCAUGGGGUUUCCGAUCCCCGCCCGGGCCUCCCCCGUUGGCAAGCAAACACUGUGACGCUGUGACACGAACAUCCACUCGGUCUUCGUGAUCACUUCCUGCUGUAACGUAUUCGAGUG